CUCUAUGCACUCGUGCACUUCUUGCCACAGCGUCACUCUUCCCCAUCAUUAUCAAAGUGCAGCAGUUCUUGAUAGUCCCAGCAGACACGCACCUGAUAAGGCUGACUUUUUUUGUCUUCCCCCUUUGCAAAACAACUUUUAAAGUUGGGACUUUUGCAUCAGAUCCACCAACUCAGGAUGUUUCAGCUUUGAGGCAAAGGUACAUUUUUUGCAGAGAACAUGUUGAUUCUAUUAAGAGGUCCUCGUCUUUGGAAGCGUGGGAAGCCUGGGUCGGAGUCUUAGCGCGGCGAAGGGAACCCUCUUGAGGCCGGACAUGUAAGAACUUUAAAUUGUUUGCAAGAGUUGAUGCGUUAAACUUGUGAAUAAUGGAUGGCAACCUCAGCACAUUAGCGUCUGCCUUGGAGAACGUCACGUCCCCGUACCACCCUGCUGAGGGGUCCUGGAUCCUCCUGGUUUUGGUCACGGUCAUUGCCAUCAUAGUGGCGGGAAACCUGCUGGUUAUCAUCGCUGUUGCUUCUACGUCCCAGCUGCAGACCACAACCAACAUCUUCAUCAUGUCUUUGGCGUGCGCUGACCUCAUCAUGGGAGUCCUGGUGGUGCCCCUCGGAGCCACCAUUGUGUUGACGGGCAACUGGCAGCUGGACGAAGUCUCUUGCGAUUUCUGGACGUCGGUGGACGUCUUGUGCGUGACGGCCAGUAUCGAGACCUUGUGCGUGAUUGCGGUGGACCGCUACAUAGCCAUUACGAGGCCGCUCAGACAUCAGGUUCUGCUGUGUAAGUGGCGCGCCAGAGCGAUCGUUUGUUUAGUGUGGCUCGUUUCCGCCUUGAUCUCCUUCGUGCCGAUUAUGAAUGGCUACUGGCGCGCUGACGACGAAUACGAAGCCAGGAUGUGCUACGACGACCCCGCCUGCUGUGACUUUGUCACCAACCGGGCCUACGCCAUCGUCUCUUCCACAGUGUCUUUCUACGUUCCUCUCUUCAUAAUGAUCUUUGUCUAUGCGAAGGUCUUCCUCAUAGCCAGGCGGCAGGUGCAGCUCAUCGAUAAGAACAGGAUGCGCUUCCAGCACGAGUGUCCAACGCUGCAAAUGCAGGUUGAUCCCCACCACAACAACGUCUUCCAGUCGGUGAGCAUGGGGAAAAAGGGCGUCAGGCGAAGACCAUCGCGGUUGUUGGCUGUUAAAGAACACAAAGCCUUAAAAACACUGGGCAUCAUCAUGGGGACCUUCACCGUGUGCUGGCUGCCGUUCUUCGUCGCCAACAUCAUCAACGCCUUCGACCGGAGGAUCCCAUCAGACAGGAUAUUCAGACUUUUAAACUGGCUGGGCUACGUCAACUCCGGCCUCAAUCCCAUCAUCUACUGCCGCAGUCCUGAGUUCCGCGCGGCUUUCAAGAACCUUCUGGGCUGCCCGUGGCUGUCCACCCUGCGGCUCAACGCACUCUAUAAAGAAGUGAGGACUCGAUGUUCCUGCUUUUCGUGGCAGACCGAGCCCGGCCUGGCAGGCUCCUUCCAGAAAACUCCGACUGGUAGUAGCCUGGUUAGUACUCAAGGGAGCCACAGGAGCGAAGAGGAAUCGCCCGUUCCUCUCCAGUCCAACGGAAACACACUGUUCAGUGACUUGACACAACCUGAACCCAAAUUCUUUAUAUUGCAGGAAAAAGACGGAUGAGGACGGCAAAGUGUCACACUACUGAAGACAAGUGAAUCAAUAAAGACAAUGUGAUUCCCAGCAGCCAAUGAGGACGCUCCAAAGGGGUCCAGCACUGAGACGGGGCUGAGGGGACGCAAUGUGACGACAGUGAGACUUACUGCAUUAGAAUAAACUUAACUUAUUAAUUGGUCAUUUUCUUGCAAACCAAAAGGCACAUUUAGUGCGACUGAACGUGGUUUCAGUAAUAAGUUAUGUAUUUAUGAUACACACAUUUUACAGUAUGUAGCAAAACAUGUUGCAUGAUCAAAUGAACUAUUUUCACAGGAAGUUAUUUUAAUUGCACAAAUAUAAAAAGCUGUUCGGUGAGAUUUUCAAUUCUGGUGUCACUUUUCCGCCUGUGAACUCUUAUGAGCUAUUUCACUUGAUGCUUGUGUGGAUGUUGUAAAUCACCAUUAUUGAUUUUCAAAACAAUAAAACUUUCAGGGGAACAUAAA